AUGGCUGAGAUAUCAAAACAAUGCUGUCGUAAAGUAAAAAAUAAAUUGAUGCCGUUACGCUUCGAAGGUCCACUUGACUUACCCCUUCAUAUUAUUGAAAUGAAGACUGGCGUUGAACCUGCAAUAACUUUUAUUGUUCUAUCCGGUUUUAUUUCCAUCUAUUUGAUCUUUGGUUGGUGCAACGAUUUUGUUUGUAACUUCAUCGGACUAAUUUAUCCAGUAUAUCCAUCGUUAUGGACAGUUCAAUCACCUGGCUCAUUCGAUCACAAAAAACUGUUGAAUUAUUGGAUCAUUUAUUCAUCAAUUGGUUGCAUUGAAUAUUUCUUGCAUAAACUCUGUGAUUUACUCUUAUUUUAUUGGUUUGGAAAAUGCGUUUUUCUCAUUUGGUUUCUCAAAGAUGAACGUGAAUUAUCUACAGUGGGUACAAGUUUCGAAUCAGAAGCAAUUGCCGCGUAUACGGCAGAAUCUAUUCUUGUUUCCCAGAAAAUUCAACUAAGCGUUCCUCUACGUUCUACUAUUCUCAAUCGUAAUGCUAAGUGGAAAAAGAAUGGUUUGACCGUCGCUGGAGGUAAUGGGAGCGGUAACGAUCUAAAUCAACUAUUUGCCCCGUUUGGUAUUUUUGUUGAUGAGAAUCAAACUGUUUAUAUUGCUGAUUCAAUCAAUAAUCGAAUUGUUGAAUGGAAAAGUGGUGAAAAAAAAGGGCGAGUAGUGGCUGGUGGAGGCGACUCAUUGAUUGGAGAACACAUGUUAUAUGGUCCAAUGGAUGUUAUCAUUGAUAGAAAAAGGAACAGUUUUAUUAUUGCUGAUACUGGUAAACGACGAGUAAUUCGAUGGCAUUAUCAAAAUGAUAUACAAAGUGAAACAAUUAUCCCGAAUAUCGACUGUAGAGGUAUAACAAUUGAUGAAAAUGGAUCUAUCUAUGUUACUGAUGGUGAUAGACAUCAAGUUACACGAUAUGAUAUUGGAAAUAAUGAAGGUAUAAUAGUAGCUGGUGGAAAUGGAGCAGGUGAUGCUCUUGAUCAAUUGAAUAUUCCAUAUUCCAUUUUUGUCGCUCAAGAUCACUCUGUUUAUGUAUCAGAUGGAGGUAAUCAUCGCGUGAUGAAAUGGAUAAAUGGAGCAAAAGAAGGUGUUGUCGUUGCCGGUGGACAAAGGCAAGGUGAAAGUCUUUCACAGUUGAAUUAUCCUCGCGGAAUUGUUGUUGAUCAGUCUGGUACUGUAUAUGUUGCUGAUCAUUUAAACGGACGAGUUAUGCGUUGGUUAAAAGAUGCUGAACAAGGUGAUAUUAUUGCAGGUGGAAAUGGUGGUGGAGACCAAGACAAUCAACUAUUAAACGUAACCGGCUUAGCAUUUGAUAAACAGGGAAAUCUCUAUAUUGUCGACAUGGGAAACUCUCGUGUACAAAUGUUCAAUAUUGACUACAGUGAUUAA